CAAGCAUCAAGGAAAGCUGUUUUCGCCAUGACACAGGUCACUAUUGCUACGGCGCUACGCCCCCAAGAUGAUUUGCAGACCGUUGUGGAGAGUCGGACAAGGGAAUGGCACUUUCAUAUCUACUUCUUGCUACAAUCACCUACCGAAACUGCCGCAGCACUUGCACUCCGUGACGCUGUGCUAAGGCUUCGUCGCGAUGGUGCCUUCGUCGCUGUUCCUCUGCAUAGGGUCAAUAAGGAGCCAAUCGGACCGCAUCCUGCUGGGUCGUAUGAGAUUUGGGUUCCAGACACUUCGUUCUCUGAUGUCUUUUUCUACUUGGCAACAAAUCGAGGAAAUUUGAGCAUCCUUGUUCAUCCACUCACCUCAGAACAACGCCGAGACCACGAACGUCGGAAUGCUUGGUUGGGUACGCCGUGGCCCAUCUACGUAGACGGAUUGCCACGUAAAAGUGAUGAAGUUCCACUUCAGUAUCCCGAAUUGCGUCUUGGCUGGUCUACUGCGCCAGAUGGCGAAGUUUCCCUCGAUGAGAGGCGACGGAGGGGCGCGGAAGUUGAGGCAUUGCUGGCCAAAGAUCCUGAAGCGGCUCCUGCUCCCUUGGAUUGAUGAGUGAGAUGUAGUUUAGAGACCCGAACUCUCUUAUGAAAGAUACAAAACUGUGUUAUCGACUUCGUUUUGAUAGAACCAAUCAUUCUACAUGGAGCUUGUAAUUCGAUUACAAUUCCACAAUACACGAAGCUAUUUGAGAAUGCGC